AUGAUGGAUACUGUAGCUACUGGCAGUGGCAUUAGUAUUUUAAGCUCACCUUUUAAAAAUAAUUAUACUACUAAUUUGAUUAGAAAUGAACGACAGCAACAUACUGGUGAUGACGAGAAUACACUGAAAAGGUAUAAAACUACAUUGUCCAAAUUAAACGAAUUAGUAGUGGGAAAUACAGCAAUUGAUAAUAAUAAUAGUAAUAGUAAUAAUAACAACAACAAUAAUAAUUUAAAUAAUUUAAAUAAAAAUCAACAACAGUCGUUGAGGUUUGGUUGUGGGAUAAUUACUGGUAAUAAAAAAUCGGUAAAUUUGUUUGGUACCACUGUUAAUACUUUACAAAGGAAUAACUUAGAUAGGAAACCAAAGAACUCUUUAACAUCUCCAUUAUUUGACAUUUGGAAGACAGAAAAUGUUAAAAGUAUUAGAAAUAUUUCAAAAUCUGAUAUUAUUAAAAAAUUGGAAAUUUUAAAUGAACAUAAGUUUUGUAAUAAUAUGAUUCAUAAUAAUGAAUUUGCAAACCAUCCAAAUCUACAAUUCAAUCAACACAGCGAAUUUGAUCUACAAGAAUAUAAUUCUUUUGAUUUUUAUAGCCCAAUGAUUUCCAGAGGUAGUGUGACACCAUCAUUUAAUAGAGAUCAAAGCAAUAUUUCAAGUGGAACGACAAUGUUCGAAUAUGAAUUAAACAGUAAUAUUAGCAAGAUGAGGAUCAACCAAGAAUUUGAAUCAUUUGAGUUUAAUGUAAAGAAAUUGGAAAAUGAUAUAAUUAAAAUUAAAAACCAAAGUAGAAAAUUACUGGCGUCCAGCAAUCGUUUAGAUUCACAAAUAAGAAUUAAUUUGAGCAGAAGGGAUUCGAUAGAGCAUAGUUAUCCCGAGACAGCAACUGAUAUUGAUAAUGAUGAUUAUUCUAGCGAUUAUAAUUAUAUGGAUUCUAAUCCAAGUUACGAAAAAGAUUUGAAAUUAAAAGUACUUCAACUGCAUAAAAAACUAGAGUUAUACAAAAGAACAAUUAGAAAUUAUUCCAAUCGAGACGUUAAUUCUCUUGAUGAUAGCGUAAGUAGCAAAAACCCUACUAGAAGGAGACAUAUCAUUUCAAAGUUGUCACACAGCGAAUUAUUAGAAGUUGAUGGUAACUCUAAUGAAAGAGAAGAAGAAGACGAUGAUGAUUAUUUUGAUUCCUCUUCAAUUAAUGAAUUAACAUUUGAAAAUUUGAAAUUGCAAGAAACACUACACAGGAAAAGGGAUAUAGAUAUAUCUAGAUUCGGUAGCUCUAGUAGAUCUGGAUUUCAGUUACAUUUACAAAUCCAAAAGGAAUGA